AUGGCAGACUUUGGUUAUGAUAUUUCGGGUUACAAUAUAAUUGAUCCCGUAUAUGGCACAAUGGAUGAUUUUGUUUCGUUGCAGAAAAAAUUGCAAUCUUUGGGCAUUAAAAUUAUUUUGGACUUCGUACCUAAUCAUUCAAGUGAUGAACACGUAUGGUUUAAAAAGUCUGUGGACAAAAUUAUGCCAUACAAAGAUUAUUAUGUAUGGAGAGAUGCUAAAUGCGAUGACAAUAAUACGAUAACGCCACCAAAUAAUUGGCAAAGUUUAUUCAGUAAUUCAGCAUGGACAUGGAAUAAAAAACGUGAACAGUAUUAUUUACACCAAUUUGACCGUAAACAACCAGAUUUAAAUUACAGAAAUAAAGACUUGGUUAAAGAAAUGAAAAACAACUUGAGGUUUUGGUUGGAUCUUGGUGUAGAUGGGUACAGACUACAGACUACAGAGUAG